CUUCCACCGAACAACACCACACGACCUCGUGCACCAUCAAACGGCACUCCUGAAUCAUCUGCCAUUGCGUAUCGCUUGUCGGGACAGCAAAGAUGGGGCUCGAGGCGACGAUGAUCGUUGUCGACAACAGCGAGAGCAGUCGGAACGGAGACUACGUACCAUCUCGAUGGGAAGCACAAGUAGAUGCAGCCAACCUCAUCUUCCACUCGAAGACACAAGCAAACCCAGAAUCAUCAGUCGGUCUCAUGAGCAUGGGCGGCAGCGGUCCUCAGGUGCUCACAACACUCACUACAAACCCUGGCCAAGUACUGGAUGGACUUCAUCGAACAAAGGUCAAGGGCGAGUCACAUCUUUACACGGGAAUCAUGAUCGCCUCGCUCGCACUCAAACAUCGCCAGAAUAAAUCCCAACGUCAACGCAUCAUCGUGUUCAUUUGCUCGCCCAUCGCCGACUCUUCAAGCACCCUCACCAAACUUGCCAAGCGGAUGAAGAAGAACAACACCAGCAUCGACAUCAUCGCCUUCGGUGAUCUUUCGGACGAGAACCUCGACAAGCUGCGCGCGUUCAACGAGGCUGUCAAAUCCAACGACGGCUCACAUCUUGAAAUCAUCCCACCGGGCCCGAACCUUCUAUCCGACACGAUCGUGGCUUCCCCGAUAUUGGCAGGCGAAGGAGGUGCCGCAACAGCAAAUGGUGGUGGCGCCGGCGGAGAUGGCGGCGCAGGCGGAGACUUCGAAUUUGGCGUGGAUCCUAACAUGGACCCUGAGUUGGCACUCGUACUGCGGAUGAGUAUGGAAGAGGAACGCGAGCGACAGGAGCGGGAGAAGAAGGCAAGAGACGAGGCAGAGGGAAAGACAAAUCUCGAGAGCGUGCCAGAAGCUGCCGAGGGAGAAUCAAGCGAGAAGCAGCCUCUACUGGAUAAGAGUGGCGAUGCAAGCAGCAGCAAAGAUGCAGACGCAAAGAAGGAUGACAAGAAAGACGACGAUCGCAUGGAUACUGCAUAGCUGAUGAAUGAACCGUGGACAAGGGGUCGACCAGUGGUGUAUCAUAAACAGGAGCAAAGGCUAGAUUUGAGGCACGA